AUGGCUUAUCUCGACGAUACAAGUCAAAUAUUGGUAGAUACUACGGAUGUUCUUACAACUCAUCAAAAAUUUGCUACCCCAGAUGAUGUUGUUACAUGGGCUCGAGAUGUUGGAGAUGCCAAUAAAAUCGGUAUUAUCAUUACUCGGUCGGAUAAAAAGAACGAAAUAAGAGGAAGAAAUGACAAGUUGAUUUUGGGUUGUGACAAAGGUGGAAAGUAUGACUCUUCAGAAAGUUCCACGACAACUGCAUCGAAAAAGUGUAACUGUCCAUUUAAAAUUAGAGCUGCACCUUCAACAGAUGGUCCAGGAUGGAAAGUCCAGGUUAUUCAUGGAGUUCACAACCACGGGUUACCUGACCAAUAUCAUGGUCAUCCUCGCAAAGCACGUUUAACCGCUGAUGAAAACAAAUGUGUUCAAGAUUUGACAAAGCGUAAAGUAGCACCAAGACACAUUGUUUUAGAUUUGAAAGAUCAAAAUUCAGAGUGUGUUUUGACAUUGUUUUCGCUUAGUGGUGUGGUGACUCACAUUGUCACAUUACAAAGCAUGAUUGUUUACUCAAGUAGCAAUGAAAACAAAUUGGUUAAUGGAAUCAAUGAAAACAAAUUGGUGUGGUGA